AUUAUCCCUACGCCUUACGAAAUAGUUCCUGGUACGAUAAUGAAAGAGGACUUUUAAGUUUUACAAGUGAUGAAAUGUCUGGAUAUGUUGUCCAAUCAUAUUCAAGUAGCGUGACCGAGUGGACGUGUCACAGUGUUAUUGAUGAUUUCAUUAUUUCAAAAGGAAAAACAACAGUGUACUUGUUUGGAAGUAACCAGGACGUGUAUAUAUGUAUGAAAAUGACAACAAUAACAGAAUCCUCGUUCUCUUAUUAUGUGAUGUCAGACAAAGAAGUCAAUGCUAACAACGAGCGUGUAUACAUUAUAAGUUCUGGCACAGCUGUCAGUAAUGUUGACAGUAUCUGUCAGACUAGUUCAUCACUGGGCGACGAAGAAUACAAUGUCAUGGUAAAACAAGGAUAUGAACAAGAUGCCAAACAAUAUUGUCCCUCGGUUUUUCUUGGAAAUUUCUUUUACACAUACGAUAAUGGCACAGGAACAUCUUGUGGAACCGGAUCAGAAUGGGAUGUUUGUACGAACAGAACGACAAUGAAGUUCAAUUACACUCAGUGUGCUACAAUUAUAGCAUAUUCUGAUACUGAAGUGUUUUGUGUGGCAUCAGUGGCAUCAUCGAAUGUUAUUUAUCUAACGGUGUUUAACAAUGGAAUAGUUGAUUCAGUCAGCCUUUACAGAUUUACAUGCAUGACAAUAUCAUCAUCCGGGUCUUCGUUAUCUGUUAGUCUACAGAAAGGUAAAUGUGAUAAAGGACAGAGUCCCACCGUUAGGCCGACUGGUGGAGCGCUUGCAUCUUUGACGCCAUAUUCAUUAGUUUUAUUCCUUAUACAUAUGUGUUUGUAUCACUAUAUUUGUUUCACAGCAUUUGAUGGAGAUUCUUCAAUUGAAAAUAAGACAACAACAAUAGCAUCGAUCAUAGGAGCUCUCAUUGCUGUUUUACUGGCCAUAAUCAUUAUAGCUGUUUUAUUCUUUGGAUAUAUCAAGUUCAAAGAGAAAAAGAAGAAAACUCACCCCGAACAACACAUGGGACCGACAGCAUAUUUCGUAAGAGAAUUUACAUUUGAACGAAUACAGAACAAACUUAGAAGAGAAAAUGAGAGCUUUCCUGACAGUGCUUGUACUUCCGUAUUGCCAAUAGACGAUAAAAACGAAUCUUCGAAACUACAACAAAACAGCAUUACAGACACGGCUGCAAAUUAGAUAAAAAUAACCUUAAUUUGGAUCGUUUAUUAUUUUAAAAUGUUAUAGGAUUUUAAAAAUAUGCAUGUAAAUGACCUCCAUAAAAAACUUGAAAAGAU